GGAUCCUCUUUCGAGUCUUGGCUCCAAGAUGACCAAAAAAAGAAGAAACAACGGUCGCGCCAAAAAGGGCCGCGGCCAUGUGCAGCCCAUUCGCUGCACGAACUGCGCCCGGUGCGUGCCCAAGGAUAAGGCCAUCAAGAAGUUUGUCAUUCGGAACAUUGUAGAAGCCGCUGCUGUCAGGGACAUAUCUGAAGCAAGCGUCUUCGACGCCUACGUGCUUCCCAAGCUCUAUGUCAAGCUGCAUUAUUGCGUGAGCUGUGCCAUCCAUAGCAAGGUUGUUAGGAAUCGAUCCCGCGAGGCCCGGAAGGACCGAACACCCCCACCACGAUUCAGACCUGCUGGCGCUGCACCUCGACCUCCACCAAAGCCCAUGUAAAGAGGCCGUUUUGUAAGGACGGAAGGAAAAUUACCCUGGAAAAAUAAAAUGGAAGUUGUACUUUACAUGGCA